AAUUUGACAAAAAAAGGAAUUUUCAUAAAAAGAUCACCAAACAUAUUUUUUUGGUCUCUGAAUUAUGUCAUAAUUAUUUUGCUAAUUGUGACAGAUAGCUGUGAAGUAAGAUCAGAGAGCUAACCCAGGACCCGGAGAAUAGUUAGAACCUAUCUCUGGGUACCAAAUCCUGGACCUGGAGCGAAACGAAACCUUCGAAUGCAGAAUCCACGACGAACUACGAUAGAAAAAAGUGGCGAAAUACUUCUUCCGUUUUUCUCAGUGAUCUGUGAUACUAUGAGAAAAGAAUCGAAGCAGACGAACUGAGCUGGACGAUUUACGAUUAACCUGGACGAUUUACGAUUAACCUGGACGAUUAGACGAAGAACCUGAAAAUGCCGGGCAGCGUAACUUUAAACGUUCCUAGUUCCUCCUACAGCGAUGAUGACGAUGGGAAGAGUGCUAUGGGAUACCAGCAAACCCUCAUGUAUGGAAGAUACAGUGAAGCUCUAGGAGAACAAAUAAAGGAAGAAGCUAAGCGUCAAAGAAUUCUAGAAAGAACCAGAAAGAAAGAAACAAGGAAGAGAAAACGAGAACUAAGAGGUUCAGGAGAAUGUGCGCGCGUUCUCACAUUUAUCUGGAAGCACACAUUUGCGCGCAUUGGGGAGGAUUGGGUGUUCCUCGCUAUGCUCGGGAUUAUUAUGGCGCUCGUCUCAUUCGUCAUGGACUACACGAUCUCAGUCUGUAACAAGGCCCGGCUGUGGCUUGUGAAAGAUUUAGUUUCACAUAUUGGACUCCAGUUUCUAGCCUGGACUUCGUUACCUGUUUUCCUAGUUUUGUUUAGUGCUGGAUUCGUACAUGUAGUUGCUCCUCAGGCAAUUGGUUCUGGUAUACCUGAAAUGAAAACUAUUCUAAGAGGUGUGGUUCUGAAGGAAUAUCUCACUUUUAGAACGUUCAUUGCCAAAACUGUCGGUCUGACUGCAACACUGGGUUCAGGGAUGCCAUUAGGGAAAGAAGGACCUUUCGUUCAUAUCGCCAGUAUUGUAGCUGCUCUGCUAGCCAAACUAUCCUCGUUCCAGGGUAUAUAUGGGAAUGAGUCCAGAAACAACGAGAUGUUAGCUGCAGCUUGUGCAGUGGGUGUGGCUUGCUGCUUUGGAUCUCCUAUAGGCGGAGUACUUUUUAGUAUAGAGGUAACUACAGUUUACUUUGCUGUCAGAAAUUACUGGAGAGGUUUCUUCGCCGCUGUUUGCGGAGCUGUCAUCUUCAGAUUAUUGUCGAUCUGGUUUGGAUAUGAAGAUACAUUUGUAGCAGUUUUCAGAACUGGGUUUCGGAUGGACUUCCCCUACGAUCCACAAGAGCUUAUCAUAUUUGCCCUCAUAGGGGUCUGCUGUGGAGUAGGUGGCGCUACCUACGUGUACAUACAUCGGCACUACGUACUGUGGAUGCGAGGGAACAAGCGCCUGACCAAGUUUCUGCAGAAAAACCGGUUUAUUUAUCCUUUCUUCAUUUCAUUCUUCAUUUCUUGUCUGACCUUUCCAGCUGGUCCAGGACUCUUUCAGGCGGCUGACAUCACGACUCAUCAGCAAAUAGAAAUUCUUUUCUCCAACUAUACCUGGACCAAGAGCCUGGAUGAGAUGACUGUGGAUGAGUAUGAUCAUGUUAAACACUGGAUGGAUCCAUACACCCAGAGUAUUUUUGUAAAUCUUUCCGUGUACAUUCUUUCUACGUUCUUCCUCUCCAUCCUUGCCAGUACUCUUCCAGUACCUACUGGAGUACUUAUACCAUCCUUCAAGAUUGGAGCUGCUUUUGGUCGCCUAAUAGGGGAGGGGAUGCACGUUUGGUUCCCCGAGGGAAUAAGAUACGGAUCUCAAAUAAGUCAGAUCAUUCCUGGCGGUUACGCAACCGUCGGAGCCGCCGCAUUCAGCGGUGCUGUGACGCAAACUAUAUCCAUCAGCGUCAUUGUGUUUGAGAUGACCGGUCAGGUGACGCAUUGCGUCCCUGUACUCAUAGCUGUGAUAAUAGCGGUAUUUGUUGCCAAGAACCUGGAGUUGAGCUGCUACGACAGUAUUAUCAAGAUCAAGAAGCUUCCUUAUCUUCCUGAUAUUAUUCCCAGCAGCUCAGGAGCUUACGAUGUAUUUGUCGAGAACUUCAUGGUGAAGGAUGUUAUGUACAUCUGGUACGGUAUGAAGUACAGUGAGCUGAAGCGUAUAUUGACCGAGGGGAGGAAGCUGAAGGGGUUCCCCCUGGUGGACAACGCAAAGCAGAUGAUCCUCCUGGGUUCAGUCCAGAGGCAUGAACUCAUCUCCGCGAUAGAGUUGCAUAUUUCUAAAGAAAGGAGGUUAGAAGAGGCCUCAAAGCGACGGAAAAGUGAGAUUAAGAGAAGACAGAGAGAGGAGAGGGAGAGAAGAGAGGAGGAAGCAAGAAGAUUGUUGGCUCUAGAAAAUGAAUCUGAUGAUGAUGAUACAGAGAAGGAGGCCGAAAUUGUGAAUACAACUCCCAAAGGACGGAGACCAAGCAGGUUUGCUGUCUCCACCGUCAAUGCUGAAGACAACUUGGAGAAGCUUAACCUUGACAUAGAUUCUCCUGCUCUUAAGGCGCUAGCAAUGCUGAGUACGAUGCCACGGAAAUCCAUUUUAAAGAAAACAAACGAAGCGAACAAUUUGACAAUUCAUGGAGUUGGUCGCUCGCAUUCACCCUUCUACUCUCCAUACGAGACUGUAUCCGGAGCUGAAAGAUGGAGAAACACUGUAACAACUAUGCAACAGAUGCUUCGGCGAGGUGGGCCAAUGGGCAGCAACCGUAGUUUUGAUUUCCAGUACAACCUGGAGGGGAAAAGGACUGUUUCCCGGCCUGAUCUGACCCUGGAGGAGCAGAGGGAGUGGGAAAAGCAGGAGAUGGAAAAACCGGUCAACUUUGCCGAGAUCAGGAUUGAUCCAGCUCCAUUCCAGCUCGUGGAGAAGAGUAAUCUACUCAAGGUUCACUCGUUGUUCAGUAUGCUUGGUGUCAAUAUCGCCUACGUCACGGCCAUCGGUCGACUAAUCGGUGUUGUUGGUCUCAAGGAACUAAGGGAAGCCAUUGAAGGCACCAAUGCCGGAAAGAAGCCAGAGGAAGCGGUUCAGCCGGAAGACGAAGAAACCGGUUCCGCACCGCCACUGCCUGCGAUUGCCCAGCCAGUCGCCGAAUCUGUUGACGUGAAGACUUUUGAGAAUGAGAAAGGCGAUGGAGUGGAGAAGGAAGAGAAAGAGGUUAAGGAGGAUAAGAGUGAUGAGAAAGAUACUGAGGAUGAAGAAGUUGUGAAACUGUUGUCCAGAUGACCUAGAAUCAAUGUAUCUUAAUCACGUUGGAUUUAAAAAAAAAAUUUAUUUUAAAAGCCUCAUCUGUGUUUUCAUGCAUGUAAAGAGAACAUGAAUAAUUGUUCACCAAUCUCGUGUUGGAUAAAAAUUAUGAACUUAAAGAUGAUCGGGAUAAAAAUGUUCAUUUUCAGACUAAAUAUGACUUUAACUCCAGAAUAAAAUACUCAUACUAAGCACAAAAUUUGUUACACGAUAAACUUAAUUUAGAAAAUCAAAAUUUCCUCAAUUUUUAAUAUUGUAAAUUCUUUAUCUUUUCUCUUAAAUUCAUCUUUUAAUACUAAAUACAACAUGUACAUUUUUCAAAUUUAAUAUUGUUAAUUUUACGAACAUUAAUACGCUGUAAAGAUAAUUGUUCUAAUUUCAAGGACAAUUCCAGUGAAAAAAAAUUAAAUCAAUUCAUUGAAAUAUGCGAUUUAAUAAGUUUACACGGAAAAGAUGAUAUUUUUUGUACCAAUACAUUUUAUAAUGACUGCUGCUUGAAAAUCCUAAAUCUAUGGCAUUUUUUGAUAAUUAUUGUAAACUUCAAAGACUUAUCUUAUUCCCAAUCUCCAAUCUCAUUUAACCCAUGUAAGAUCAUGAAACAUAAUUACCCUAUUAGCCAUGAAAGAUAUUUUACUAAGAAUGUAUAGUCUUGAUGUACCGAAACCGUGCAAGAUAAAGCCUCAUGACUGUACUGGUUGAGCAAAUAUCAAAACAUGAAAGAUAUUUUACUAAGAUUGUAUAGUCUUGAUGUACCGAAACCGUGCAAGAUAAAGCCUCAUGAUUGUACUGGUUGAGCAAAUAUCAAAACAUUCCAAUUCCAGUUUUUAUUUAAUAUUUUGUCAAGACGAUCAUUAAUCAAGUUCAUUAAUGUACCAUAUAUUCCUAAACAUUGUACUGUUGUUGUAAACAAGGAGAAUUAUAUAACGAAGGAAAGAGGGAUAGGUUUAGUGUGUACACAUUUUAUAAUGACGGUUAGGGGCUGCAAGGUCAAAACAAUAAUUGCGAUCAAAGACAGCAAUUGUUUAGAAAUAUUGAUUAAGUAUUUACCCCUAUCUCUCGUUCCUUUAGUCUACUUUUAUUGAUUGUAAACAUAUGCCCCAUCACUUUCCUCAUGUAACUUGUGAAUUUUCAUUAAUUUAAAGGGAGUGUUAACGAAAUCAUUAAACAGAGAUAUACUCAAAAUUAUCUUGACAGUCCAUUUAGCCAUAAAAAGAUAAAGGGUAGAAAUUUUAGUUAAUAUUUUUUGACAAAUAAUUUGUUAACACCAAGAAAUUACUAAAUAUUUUCUCAAUUAGAUUUAACAUGAAUUUAGUGCUAUUAAAUGAAGCAAAUGUCUACGUGUUGAGGUCAUGUUUUGUAAAUAGUAUUUUGGACAAAACUGAAAAUUAUUAUAUGGUCCCACCCCCUCUGUGACUAUAACUGUGAUGAAUGUAUAAUAUGAACAAGAUACGCACAAUCGUACGCUUUGAAUUUCAACUGAUAAUUUUGUUAAACAUUUCUACGAUAGGAUAAAAUUAUAUGUUUACAAUAGUUAUUAAAUAGAUUGUUAUCAAGUAUUUAUCCAAUAAAUGGGACAAAACCGUU